ACCCAUCACACUUCUCUAAUCAUUGGAUUAGCGUAAGAUUUUGGUUCAACAAUUUUCAAUCAAAAUGAAGCAAGGUGUUGAUCUGGUCUUCAUUCCCGCCCCUGGAAUGGGCCACCUUGUCUCCGCCGUCGAAAUGGCUAAGCUCUUCUUACAGAAAAGCCGCCGUGAUGACCUCUCCGUCUCCGUCUUGAUCAUGAGAUCCCCCUCCGACUCCAAGGUCAGCUCUUACGUCGAUUCUCUUCCCGCCGACGGCCCCUCUUCCGGAUUGAAAUUCGUGCCGCUCUCUGCUCCGGCGAUGAAUGGGCAGGUUCACCGGAGCACCCUGUUCCGUUCCUUAAUCGAGUCUCACAAGCAGAGCGUGAGAGAUUGGGUUCGCGAAUUCCGGGCGAAUAAUUCCGGCACCUCCAGGCUCGCCGGCGUCGUUGUUGACAUGUUCUGUGUUUCCAUGAUGGACGUCGCCGACGAGUUCGGGAUCCCCGCUUACGUGUACUUCACCUCCGGCGCCGCCGUCCUCGGCCUCCAACUCCAUCUCCAGAGCCUCAGAGACAACUGCGGCAUAGACGUCACGGGCUUCAAAGAUUCCGAUCCAGACCUGAAAGUGCCGACUUAUUCUAAAAAUUUUCCGGUCAGGCUUCUGCCCGGACAUAUAUUGGACAAGGCCGGCGGGGGGUCCGACAUGAUUUUGGAUAUUGGGAAACAAAUCCGAGCGGCGAAGGGCAUAAUCGUCAACACAUUCUUCGAGCUUGAGGAACACGCGCUUGGGUCGUUGUCCAAAAAGGAAGCGGAGCUCCCACCCCUGUACCCGGUGGGACCCGUUCUGAACCUGCAAAGCGAUAAGAUCGGAGAAUCGGAAGAGAUAUUGAAAUGGCUCGACAACCAACCGGAAUCCUCCGUCGUCUUCCUCUGCUUCGGAAGCGGCGGAAGUUUCCCGGAGCCGCAGGUGAAGGAGAUCGCUCGCGCGCUCGAGCGCAGCGGCCACCGGUUCUUGUGGGCCUUGAGGCGUCCCCCGGCCAAAGGAUCUUUCUACCCUGGAGAGUACAGCAGCCCGGAAGAGGUCCUGCCGGAAGGGUUCACGGAGAGGACAAAAUCGACCGGGAAAGUGAUCGGAUGGGCGCCUCAGGCCGCCGUGCUGGCCCACCCCGCCGUGGGGGGAUUUGUGUCACACUGCGGCUGGAAUUCAACCCUGGAGAGCGUCUGGUUCGGGGUUCCAAUGGCGACAUGGCCGAUUUACGCGGAGCAGCAGGCGAACGCAUUCCAAACUGUGACGGAGAUGGGAACGGGAGUGGAGCUUAAGAUGGACUACAGGAAAUCAAUCAUGGCGGAUCCCGACCAGUUCCCGGAAACGGUGGAUGCGCACACGAUAGAAGCAGGGAUCAGGAAGCUUAUGGACGACGGCCCUGCAGCGGCGGCGAUAAGGAAGAAGGCUGGAGAAAUGAAAGAGAAGAGCAGAAAGGCAUUAGAGGAAGGCGGGUCAUCCUUUAAAUUUCUCCAAGCUUUCUUUGAUCAAGUCUUUUAAGUUUUAACAACUGAAAUGAAGCAGUUGUAACGAACUGCUAAGUCCGCCGUUGCCGUCUUUCUAUUACUAACCGCACGUUUGUCGUUUCCGCAUCAGUCAAUUUUACUUGUGGACAAGUGAUUUGUGAUUGGAAUAAUAAAUACUUUCUCUUUUU